GCGAAGAGGAUGAGGAGUAGUAGAAGAAGAACAGAAGAACAGAGUAAAAGAAGAAGCAACAGUAAGACGAGGAAAAGGAGAAGGACAUGAAACGCGCGACGCGCGUGCACUACACGCGCCGGCAGAUGUUCGGGUACGCCUGUCGGCCGCCACCGUUGUCACCCCCGAUCGCCACGAAGAGAGAGAGAGAGAGAGACUGUAGCGGCAGCGGAACCCCUGCCGUUGGUGAGGCCGUAACGACAAGUGCAGCAAGUGCAACGUACCCUGGUAACGAGGGGAACACGUUGCGGCCACGCGAGUGGGCGGCGCGUGUUCCCUCGCGCUUUCUCGUACCCUCUCCGCCACCGCUGUCGUCGUCUUCUUCUUAUAAUAUUCCGCCCUCCAAUUUUCAAGGAGACGCACGCCACCGAAGGGUUACGUUGCUGGAGGGGGAAAAUGUUCGUCCUCUCGGCUCGCCUUCUUCGUCGAAGAAGAGCAUCGUUGCCUUUCGGAGGUCUCUCUUGGAUAGUCUUCAAAGAGACGCGAAUACGAUCGGUGCUACGAAAGCGUGGAGAGCCGGCUCGCCGACUUAUCGGGAGUAGUUACUCCGUCGUUGCGCGCCAUUGCUGUUGUUCUCGCGAUCGCUAUCGCGCGCGUGCCACCGAGCGUACCCUCCAACGGAAAAGACCGGCGCGAUAAGCCAGCGGUUCGCGCAAUCGGCGCGUACAUGUCGAUACCGCGUUGAUACCGCAGCUGUCGGACGCGUCGCGACGACAAGUCCGGAACGAAGGAGAUGCACCUCGAGGAUUAUCACGGCGAGAGAAACGAGGAGGACGUGCGACGAUCGAUGUCAACCGGUCUGGACCAGGACGACUUCACGGACGAUCGUUCUUCGCAGUUGGUGACAUCAAUGGCGUUGAGCACAAUGAAUAUCAGUAUGGACCAACCGCACUGUUGGGUGAUCUCGCAGCCGGAUAGUCUCUUCUCUCCGUUUCCCGACUCCGGCGCGAAUCCGCGAGAAUAUCUCGACUGGGAUCAAGUGCCCACAGUCUUCCAGUAUCCCUUUCAGUAUCCUUCUACCGGCAACAGAUCGCCGGAGAGCACCUCCAGCGAGACAAUUACGACGGCCUUGAGCAAUCCAACUGCGACAGCGGCAACAACAAUAACGACAACGACGACGACGACGACGACGACGACGACAACGACGGCAACAACGACAACGACGGCGACACCGACGACGACGACGACGACGACGACAACGACGACGGACGAUGGUUCAGAAGAUAAAUCAGACUGCCUGGUUCAGAGGCUACCCUCAGUGGGCUCGGCCUUCUCUUUCUCCCGUACCUUUUGCAACACGGUCUACCCAGAAUACGGCGCCGAGUUGCAGAGUUAUCAGGACUACCAAGACUGCCAAGAAGACGUGGUAUCAUUGCUGAUGAGCAUGCAAAAUGAUCAAAGCGAUCAAGGACAUUACGGUUCCUCGUCCGCGCAGAUGUCUGUGGACGAUGAGUUCGACCUGAGUCUGAUAAGAGGCGACCCGACCUCGCUACUGAGCAAUGUAGUUGACUCGCCCUCGUCGCCACCGGCUUGUUUCGGUAACGAGCUUCACCACGAAUCAUUCCAGAACUUCCAAAACGGCCAGUACUACGCGGUCGGGCAUCUCGUCUCGUCGCAACAACAGCCGUGCACGCUGUCGACAAUCAACUUCGCUGGCGAAGUCGCCGACGCGACGGAGAGUUUUGGCAAUCAGGUGAUACUGCCGCGCAACGAGGGUCUGUUGCUCGGCGACCGGCAUAUCGCUGCACCUAUGGAAAACGAAAGGGGCAAUAAGCCCUACGAUUGCGCGAGACCCGUAGAAAACGGCUUCGACUCUACCUACCUGUGCCGCUGGAUCGACUGUGGCUGUGCAUUCACCGAGCAGGAAGGUUUGGUGCGGCAUAUAGAGAGGCGGCACGUGGAGUCAUCUUCGGCGAAUGCGCACGGUCACGGCCGACGGAUGCAGCGGGAUCGAGACAAGGAACAGCGAGAGGGUAAAGAGGCAGUAGAGACUUUUCCGGCAGUAUCGGCGAGCCGCGAGGAUGAGUUCGCCUGCCUGUGGCAAGGAUGCCCACGCGCGCGACCCUUCAACGCGAGAUACAAGCUACUCAUUCACAUGCGAGUACACACCCACGAGAAGCCGAACAAAUGUACGUUCCCGGGUUGUAAGAAGGCCUUUAGCCGUUUGGAGAACUUGAAAAUUCAUCAGCGAUCGCAUACGGGCGAGAGGCCUUAUGCAUGUCAACAUGCCGGUUGCUCGAAAGCAUUUAGUAAUAGCAGCGAUCGGGCCAAACAUCAGAGAACACACUACGACAGAAAACCAUACGCUUGUCAAAUAAGCGGCUGCGGCAAGCGUUACACGGAUCCAUCGAGUCUUAGAAAGCAUCUGAAAAAUCAUUCAGAAAACUCCGGCACAUUAUCCAGUUUGUUGUCGUCGGACAAAAUUGCCAUGGCUACAAAUAACACGACAGUAUAUGGAUUAAACUCGACGGCGAUUUCGCGACGGCAAAGCCAAGACGUGAAAACGAAUCAUCCGUCAUAUGAACUGUCUAAAACGUACGUAAAGGAAGAGGACACGCUGUCUAACGAUACGCACCAGGCGACUAGAAUCCCCAUAAAUUUCGAUAACAAUCAGCAGGAAUACGUGCCGAUUGAGUCAGUUUGUCAUCUGCUUAUUAACGACGUCCACAACGCACACAACGAAAGAGCAGGAUAUGGUGCACCCGCGGAGGACAACGUGCCGGAUUUCCACGAGCUCGGCGCCGACAUCGAGCGACAGUUCCACGAGUUGAGCGCCCUGGACGACGCUAUUUUCAUCGACGGAUAAUUUCCCUUAGCAGGAGAACCACUCUCUCUCUCUCUCUCUCUCUCUCUCUCUCUCUCUC